CAAAGAGAACAACGCAAAUAUAAUCAAUCAAGUUACUUGGGUUUGAGAUUUCCAGUGAAAGAAAAAUUAUGGCGAGAGGUAGUCAAUGUGGCAGCAAAUCUGGGGGGUAGUCAAUGCAGCAAAUCUGGGGUUAGCCAAUGUGGCAGCAAAUCUGGGGUUAGUCAAGGUGGCAGCUGGGGUGGGGGUCGUCAAGGUGGCAGCAGGGGUGGGGGUAACCAGGGUGGCAACAGGGGUGGGGGUAACCAAGGUGGCAGCAGGGAUAACCAGAGUGGAGCAGCUAACAACUCCAGUGCACCUAAAAGCAUGUUGUAAUGAAAUGAGCUAUGUACUAUACGUACCAAAAAAAUGAAAUGAACUACUAAAUAUAGAUGUCUAUAUUUACACAAAUCAAGCUGAUCUAGUAAUAAAUAUGUACUUCAAAAAUGUUCAAAUUCAUACCUAGUUCAAAGUUUAAAGUUCAGGGAUGACUUUCUUGUGUUAAUCUAUUCUCUUCUAUCCAUGGAAAUCUGCUCCAGAAAAUGUUAGCAUCAGACAUACGGUUCUACUCUUUCAUUAAUUGAAUCAUGAAUGUAAAUUAAAAAGGGAAGGGGAGGGAAGAUCAAGCCAAAAAAAUGUUUUCUUGAAUCGAUAUUAAUCCUCCAAGUUCACCUAAUAUUUACUGGAUUAAGCUUGAAAGCAAUAAGUCCCUCUCUUGACUGACUUCUUGGUGUCACGAUUUCCUUCUGUAUUAAUAUGUCUUAUUUUGAAAAUGUGGCAGAAGUUCGUCCUCUUUAGAAUGUGGUUCAUAUGCAGUAACUUGAAAAUCCAGGACCACUCAACACAAUCGCACUUCACCACUGAAUGCUUGAAACUUAGAUACAAAUGGCCAAACCAAGCUUUUCUUUGGAUAUACUGCUUGUGUGUGCUACUUCUGCAGUGAAAUUGCCACAUCCAUUUUUAUGUUUUCAUAUAGACUAAAUCGAAGGUUAGAACAACAGCCAGAUAUUCAGAACUCCAUUGACUUGUCUCUGGUCUGUGUCUACUAAAAAGGGACAUUCGAGGUUCCCAAUCUAUACUCAUUGAUAAAAUACUUGACAAUACAAUUAACAUGGCUCAGAUGUGUCCCAAGCAACCCUGUUUUGCAGCAGAGAGAUUAAUUUGAUUUAGAAUAUUUGUAAUGCUAGGCAUUGAGUUUAGCAUUACUCACAUUGAAUGGUUCAGAUUAAGAGAAAUAUCUAAUGAUGGUACUUCUGCCCCUUCAGAACAGUCCAUGACCUGGAAAAAAAGGCCCUUUAGAGAAAGCUCUAUGACUUCUCCUAGCAGAUAAAGUAAUAAAGAUUAUCUGCGGUA